AUGGUAGGAAAGCAACUGCAACCACCUUCAUCCAGUAGUAAUGCUACGACGGGCAGCAAGAAAAGUGCUACCACGGGCAGUAAAACAAGUGCUACAACGGCCAGCAAGAAAAAAGGAACAGAACAGGUAGCAAUGCAUGCCCAAAGAACGACAAAAGUGUACCGACGAGGAGCAGAAUGGGAAUCCGAUUCGGAGUACGUCAGUACCGUCGAGACAAACAAAACCACAACUACCGCGAGCACAGGCACUAACAUCGCUACAACUGAAAGCCAGCUG